CUCUAGUAUGUAAACGAAACGAAAAAAAGAACUAGCAAGCAAAAAGCAACAAAUUCUUUUUUUUUCUCCAAUUAAAGAAAGAAGAAAAAGAAUCUUGUAUUAUUUAUUUAUUUUAUAGACAUUUCUACGUAUUGUAUUUGUGUUUUAAGAAUGUUUGUUAAGUCAGCAUCUCCCUUCAUUUACAUUUAAUACGUGACCGUGUACGAAGAAACUUUUUUUAGACGCUUUCAGACACCAUCAAUACUCAAUAGUACACAGCUUAUGGAUGACGGUGCCAUUGAUAAUAAAUAAUCGAAAAGCGGCCAGCAGUAGUAAUACUAUCACCAUGAACGGACGUAGCAUAAAAGUUCAUCGUGUACCGGCCACGAUUGCAGCUAUUCUAGUAUUAUGUUUCCUCUUUUAUGUUUUUGGUGGUUCCGAGGAACAACGUCCAGCUAUGUAUGGCAUGUUAAGGAAUCAAAAUAAAGUAAAUAUGCGUAAACUGUUAAUUGGCGCCAUACAGGCUGCUCAGCGGGGAGGUAUGGAGAUAUUGGAAGUGGCCAAGUCUAGAAAUUUAAAGGAGAAAAGUAAAGGUAAAACGGAUGAGGGAGCCAAUGAUCCUUUUACCGAUGCCGAUGGCCGGUCGCAUUGUGUUAUGAAACAGGGUUUACAUCGUAUCUUUCCACGUGUCACUAUCUUUUCGGAAGAAGAUAAGGAAAGUUGUGCCGAGGCGAAUACUUUCGAUUUGGAUCCAACGGUUUUACAUGAAACUGCAGAAAUACCCGAUGAAUUGGUGAACAUAAAAGAUGUUACCGUAUGGAUAGAUCCUUUGGAUGCUACACAGGAGUUUACAGAACAAUUGUAUGAAUAUGUUACCACCAUGGUGUGUGUGGCUGUGGCAGGUAAACCUGUAAUUGGUGUUAUACACAGUCCUUUUAUAGGACAAACCGCCUGGGCUUGGGUGGAUCACUCCAUGUCAGAAUAUCUUUCCUCCAUACAUCCAGAUGUCCCCAAUGUAGAUCAUCCCAUCAUUACAGUGUCACGCUCCCAUGCAGGCGAUGUCAAAGACUUAACACGUUCGGUGUUUGGUGAAAAUUCCAAUAUUCUAACAGCAGCUGGUGCUGGUUAUAAGGUUUUACAAGUAGUGGCCAAUAAUGCCACCGCUUAUUUGCAUUCAACUAAAAUUAAGAAAUGGGAUAUAUGUGCUGGUGAUGCUAUUCUAAGGGCUCUAGGUGGUACCAUGACCGAUUUAGAUGACAACCUUAUAGACUAUGGACCCAAUGAGUCACCAGUUAAUGCUCGUGGUUUAUUGGCUACCAUUGUUAAUCAUGAGGAGUAUAUUGAUAAAUUAAUGAAUUAUCGCAACACACACAAUAGUAGUAAGCAUCGUAGAUAGUAUAAUUAAUAAACUAAAAAGAGAAUCUCUUAAAAACUACGACUUAAAAUUUUAAGGCUUUAAAGAAAGAAAGAAUAACUACCACAUAAAUACUUACUAUUUAAUGGACGAAAUUAGUUAAUAAGUUAAUGGAAAAGUAAAGAAAUUAAAACUUCCAAAAAAACAUUUAAAA